CGGAGUACUUUCCCGAACUUCUAAGAAACUUAACAUGUGUAACUUCCUUUUCACAGCCUGAUUCGACGACACCGCACCGGUCUCUUCAAUAUCGAGAAUGGCUUCUGCGUACAUGCAAGAUUCUGUCUGGCUUCAACAGAGGAAGUUUGAAGAUGCUGAAGCCUUUUACCAGAAAGUCAAGUCGGGAACGCAAGAUGUAGGAGCCCCAGCUCAAAAGGCAGGACCAUCAGGCCAGAAAACUGAGACAAGCUCUAUCAAAAACGAAAUCGCUCAGGCACGACAACAUAUACAAAAUGUUUUGCGAUCUGGUGGAAGUUCUGGUGCUGGGGCCUCACCAGCUCCCUCUGGUGGUGGAGACUCUACUGUGAGGAUCGAAAACCUAGAAAAGGAAAACAAGGAACUCCGUCAUUCUGUGGAUGAAAUGAAAGCCCUUGUACAGAAGCUGGAGGGACGUGUAAGGGUCCUCGAAGGAGGAUCAGGCAGUGCACCAGCUGCGUCCGCUGCUGCUGCUAAGGCCCCUGUGAAAGCAGUGCCUGCAGCAGCUGCAGGUGACGACGAUGAUGAGGACAACGAAAUUGACUUGUUUGGCAGCAGCAGUGAAGAUGAAGAAGAAAAAGAAAAGCAAGAAAAAAUCAAACAGGCAAGAGUAAAAGCUUACUAUGAGAAAAAAGCCAAAAAACCAGCACUUAUAGCAAAAUCUAAUGUCAUUUUGGAUGUAAAACCUUAUGAUGAUGAAACUGAUAUGAAGGAAGUAGAAGAUAAGUUACGCACUAUAACACAGGAUGGUUUACGAUGGUGUGCAGCUAAACUAGUUCCUAUGGCGUACGGAAUCAAGAAACUGCAGAUAAGUAUUGUUAUAGAGGAUGACAAAGUGUCUGUAGAAGACUUAAUAGAGAAGAUUACAGACAAUUUUGAAGAUCAGGUUCAAAGUGUAGACAUUGCUGCUUUCAACAAGCUGUGAGGAGGUCCGGUGCUAGAGGCUGAAAGACAUUCAAUCAUGACAGUGCUAUUUCUCAUAUUUAUCAAUUACAGACUUUCGUGCAUUCACUGAAAUAAAAGUCCUUAAUUUUA